AUGUCUACCACUGACCAGCGUGAAUCCGGCCCCGGCCCAGCCGAAGAGAGUCUUAACGAGACCUUCAGUCGCGUUAGCGUAAAUGACCAAGGAGAGGCCGAAGCCCCUCCAAAGACUGAAGAAGAGUAUGCCCAGUCGAUGCUGACUCUGCGCGCUAUCGUUUCUUCCAAGGAAGCCGGUGUUAUCAUUGGGAAAGCGGGGAAGAACGUUGCUGAUUUGCGUGACGAGACCGGUGUGAAAGCUGGUGUCAGCAAGGUUGUGCAAGGCGUGCAUGACCGUGUCCUGACCGUCACUGGCCCUCUCCAAGGCACCUCAAAGGCAUAUUCCAUCGUUGCGAAGAGUCUACUCGAGGGUGCUCCUCAGAUGGGUAUGGGUGGAGUUGUCCAGAACAACGGUACUCACUCUGUCCGACUUCUCAUCUCACACAACCAGAUGGGUACUAUCAUUGGACGACAAGGCUUGAAGAUUAAAUAUAUCCAAGACGCCUCUGGAGUCCGCAUGGUUGCCCAAAAGGAAAUGCUACCCCAGUCCACCGAGCGAAUCGUUGAAGUCCAAGGAACCCCGGAAGGAAUCGAAAAGGCCAUCUGGGAGAUUGGAAAGUGUCUUAUCGAUGACUGGCAACGUGGCACUGGCACCGUUCUUUACAACCCAGCCGUCCGAGCUUCAGUUGGAUCGGGCCCUGGCCAAAGCCCCGUUGCCGGUCCUAACCCUGCCUAUGGUGGAAACAACCGAUCAUACAACCGUACUGGAAACGGUGCUGAUUUCAGUGACCACCCCAGCAGCUAUGGUAGACGUGGAAAUACGGAGAACGCUAACCGCGGUAUCCCCCUUGUAACAGAGGAUGGCGAGGAGGUUCAAACCCAAAACAUCAGCAUUCCUUCUGAUAUGGUUGGCUGCAUCAUCGGCCGUGGCGGCACCAAGAUCAGCGAGAUCCGACGAAGCUCUGGAGCACGUAUUUCCAUCGCUAAGGCUCCCCAUGAUGACACUGGAGAGCGUAUGUUUACGAUCAUGGGCAGCGCCCAGGCAAACGAAAAAGCCCUUUACCUCCUCUACGAAAACCUUGAAGCUGAGAAGAUGCGCCGCAGUCAGCAACAGCCAGAGUAA